AUGAGCGUCGUGCCAUCCAUUGGACCUCUUCGAAGGCUCUACCAAGAUGCUUCGCUGGAUAUCGAGCAUCGAUCCUCAAGAUUCUGGCAGGUUUGGCUGCAAAGAACCUUUCAUGAAGACGCGUACUGGGUCUUGUGUGAAAUGCCUCCCGACCAGUCCCUCCGAAGAGUAGACGCGGUAGUCGAGAGGUAUGACGCCAGCCAUGAUACUGUAUCCGCUAUGCUUUGGAUAGAGUUUAAAAGACCAUCCGGCAGUGUGAGGGAGGUGGAGAGCCAAGCUCUUGAUGCAGCUGGAAGAUGCAUCAGAACCAAUGAUCUAGAAUCUGUUUAUGUCAUGACAACCGUUGGUGUUUCGUUCCGUGUCUGGAGUGUCUAUGGCUCGGAUCUGUCAUCGCUUGUACCAUUUCACGGUGGCCCUGCCGAUGCAACCCGGUCUCAAUACGUCGAUGCAGACUGCUACGAGGCUGAGGUACUCUCGAGAUUUGUCGAAACCGUCAAAAAUUACCCUCCCCUUCGUCGAGCACCAGUCAUUCCAAGUCAGUCACUGCCUUCGACUAGUCAUGAGCAGGGUGAAUACAGCCAGGUGGACUAUUCGGGUUAUCCAAUUAUUCAGCAAGGUUAUGGAUCCGUUGCAAACCAAGCCGGAUAUGCAAGUGGAUCGCAUAGCGAGGCCGGCCCAUCAGGAACUUCGUACUACGGUCAGUAUUCAGGUCCAUCCACUGCCGGUGGAUACGGGCAGGCAUCUUCUGCUGGUGAUCAGUUCAUCAAAGUUCAUGUUAGCCGGGUUGGUCACUUCGGCAGGUCGACGGAAUAUAUCUUCAGCGAUGUCAAUGGCAACCAGAAGAGAAGCACUAAAGACGACUGGAGCGAGGUGAAAUACAAGGGCAAGGCAGCAUGGGUCAAUUCUCGACGAGGCGUGACUUAUUACACUCGCGACAGAAUCGGUUAG